AUGCAUGAAAGGGACCAGAAAACAUCACACCAUGAGAAAUCGGCCCAAAAGGCAUUCGCCAUUUUACGGAUGAUCCGACGCACCUUCUCCCGUAUUACUAGCAUGGACUUCCAAAUACUCUAUGGGGGCUACGUCAGACCACCCCUGGAAUACGUCAACCAAGUUGUCCACUCAGGACGCACGAAGGACGUCACCCUCAGUGAGCGUGCCCAGCGAGCCGCUACGAGAAUGGUUGCCGACCUCAAAUCCGUGGACUGCGAAACGCGUUUCGCGAUGUUCGUUCCCUUUCCCUUGGAGUACCGUCGCCUCCGAGGGGACCUAGUUCUUACUUAUGCCCCGUUUGAACAAAACUGUGCAAACAGCUUUUUAACCAUUAAACCAGCACACUGCCAGGACAUAUGCCCUCCAAAUGGAUGUAGAUGCUGCCAAGCAGUGAUCGACUGGCACCUUCAUGUGAAUGACGAAAAGUGCGUCAAUACGUCGUUUGGUGGAGACUCAGCGAAUGCCUAUGUUAUGCAUGUUGAGAAAAGACCAGAAAACAUCACGAGGAUACAUGCCAAAAAGGAUUUGGGCAUCUGGGUCUCCUCAAACUUGUCCUUCUCAUUGCACCAUGAGAAAUCGGCCCAAAAGGCAUUCGCCAUUUUACGGAUGAUCCGACGCACCUUCUCCCGUAUUACUAGCAUGGACUUCCAAAUACUCUAUGGGGGCUACGUCAGACCACCCCUGGAAUACGUCAACCAAGUUGUCCACUCAGGACGCACGAAGGACGUCACCCUCAGUGAGCGUGCCCAGCGAGCCGCUACGAGAAUGGUUGCCGACCUCAAAUCCGUGGACUGCGAAACGCGUUUCGCGAUGUUCGUUCCCUUUCCCUUGGAGUACCGUCGCCUCCGAGGGGACCUAGUUCUUACUUAUGCCCCGUUUGAACAAAACUGUGCAAACAGCUUUUUAACCAUUAAACCAGCACACUGCCAGGACAUAGUGCUCAACUUUUGGAAAUUGUUGGUUCAUUCAUCGGCUCUGGAGAUUUUGGUUUUUGAGCUAACCCAAAUGUGUCCAGAAGAAUCUCCAGUGGAAGAACAGGGUCGACUGUGGCUGUGUCCCUGCCCACAUGCACCCAUGAUAACUACGUCUAACGAUAAGCCCAUGCCCCGUGGGACUUCGCGUGCUGCCAUCAGCCGGUUCUCCUUACACGCCCCAUACAGCGAGGCGGGCCUACUCAAAACGUGCACACCUCGCUUAGCCAUUGAGAAGCUAGGGGACCCAGAAACCAAAAGAAACGCUCAGAUCCAGCCCGUCGAACUCCUGCCAGACAGUCUGAUGUCGGAUAUAAACGGUCACUGGGCAAAGAUAUUCAAAGCGCUGCUUAGAGCCGGGACCUCGGUUUGCGGUACAACCCAUCCAACCACAUCCAGGAAUAGGAUCUCUGGAAGUACCGUGGCUUUGCUUGAGGCCCGGCGACAGAUUCCGUCACGAAGAGACUGGACCUUACCGUCGGGUGACGGUUUGCGCACCUCAGCGAUCCAUCGAGCUAUACUGGAGAGUGUCCCGCGACACUCACACAGUCUCUCAUACCAGAAUGGUGCCUAUGGCGGCCGAAGUUCCCUGGGACCCAAUAAUGACAGCCUCGAGCAUGAUGACUUCCACUGUGUGGUUAUGGUCCAUUAAGAAAUUAACUGGUGCGCGAAGCGCUCUGUGAUGAACGCGCUCGUCGUUUUUUGUCACUUCUGUGAACAACAUGGCCCGUCUGUAGUUAUGUGCACACAACCCUAUAGACAACUUCCUGCACGUCCAAAUGGAUCGGAACAUUCCUCUCAUUCCGACUAUCCCGCUAUCAGACGAGCGACCUCCCAUGUUGUUCUUUAUGGAACUGGUGGUGGUGGAAGUGGUGACAACUUGUUGUUGUCAGAUGCUCCAUCUGGUCCGUUGGUAUUUGCUGCCGAUGCUGCAUGCCCCGGGCUACUGAAUGCAAACACCUCUCCUGGUACGUCUCAGCAACCGUUAUUAUCAAUGCGGGGCACUUGUCGUGCGUGUACUUUUACCACACGUGACGAGCCUGGUUUGGUGAGUCAGGACCAGGCGGCAAACAUCUCCUACAGUUCUACUCAGUUACCCAAGGAUCCGGACUUACUACACUUUGUUCGGACGGCCUGCCAACGCAGUCUGUCCUCAGAGGUAUCCCCCAGUCCGGAGGGGGCGUUCUACUUCGGUGAUGAAAUCAAUGGUCACGUGGUGAGCUACAACUUCGGUGUGAAAGACUCUCAAGCUCGUGGCUUCCAAGGUCGUUUUAGCAUCCUGGUGCUUUCUUGGGAUAGAUUGUAUCUGUUGAAUCUGUGGCCAUUCCUGAUUUCUAACUUGUCUGAAAUGGCCUCGAGAAUAAAACAAGCGGCAGAACGGGUUUUCGUUUCCGAAACCACCAGCGGUGGAGCCGGCACGUCUGCUUCAAGACCCGUGGCAACAAAUGCGCAUCCCAGUCGAGAAGCCACUCCACCAGCAUUCUGUGGACAAGCGAUUGCAGCCGGUACUGCAACCCCAAUGCCUGUUAGCACGGUCGGCGGUGGCCCUGCCGUUAGACACAGACGAGCAGGGGACUCAGAUAUGCGGUCUUUGUGCGAUUUGACAAGAGAUGAAAAGAUAUUUUACCGCAUUCACGCAUGGUUCACCUGGUUGCUUCGUGCUGGUGCCCGGCACUGGACCGCGCUGCCUUCACUCACGGCGGUCCCGGACGAAGAUAGCCUCGUUGAACAAGAAGAACGUCAGGCUUUGAGUGCGGAUCCUUUACUGAUCACUCAGCCCUUUAUCAAUGUAUCUGCCGCACCUGGUCGAGGCAGCAGCUCUGUGGGUUCUGGUUCCUCAUCCGGCCAACUAUACCCAUCCGGUUCAACUCCGAUUCCACCUGUGGGAAUGGUCGGUAACGCAACCAUGUCGGUUGGCAAAUCCCUAGGCAUCACUAACGGUUCUGCAGAGGAGGAGACAGCACUCGCCUUACUCGUCCUGACGCGACUCAUGCAUGCUUUGGGAGUGAAGCGUUUCAGUUCUGUGGUUCAAAAUUUGGCGGUAGGCAAUCAACUCGUGGUGCAGCCUUUGGAUGAUGACCUGAAUGGUUGCUUGGUUGUCGCAGCCAUGGCCAAAUUGCUUCCCAAAGCAUGUCGGAAACAGAUUGUCACCAGUCCCGAGUAUCUUCCAGCUUUCCGUUGUAACUUGCUUAGUUUGACAGUUGAUGCGAAGCCCCCAGAACCCGACUGGACACCAAGUGAUGGCGUACAAUUUUUGGCUGUCUGUCGCAAUCAGUCACCCGCAGCAGUAGAGCUUGCGGCAGCUGACGAGCAGCUCGUUCAUUCACUUCAGUUCCGGCUGUGUUCCACCCUACCGUCAAUCGACCCACAAUUAGCUAGUCUUCGCCAGGCUUCAUCCAAAGGGGAACAGAAGCGGACACUCAGUGCACUGCCCAAUACAACUCUACCGUCUACACCUGUCGGCGCGUUUGCGAAUCGUAUCGUUCAGCUUCUGAGUGUACAACCCCCACUACCGUCAAGUGCUAUGGAUCUUGCCCUAUCAGCUAUCAGACAGGAAUGGAUUAACAAAGCUCGCUUACUCUAUUCGUUCAAACGUUGUCAGGGUCCAGCUUUAACAGGCGAGGAUACAACCCGACGUUGGGCCGCAGUCUUAUCUUCCAUUGACUGUUCGGCGCCGGAGAAUGCAAACGUCGUUCGGUUUUGGCAGGGGGCCCUCAGCCAGUACUCCCGUCACAACACUUGCCACUCGCACCGACGUGUCCCCGGUUCGAGUAACACCUCCCGGAGAGGCUCCUGUUGUUCGAGCAACGCAGACCUAGCUGCUGCAAUUGCUGCUACAUCCCUGGUCGACUAACCAGACAUACACUAUGUGAUUUGUUCGCUUGUUCUCUGUCAUUUUGUGUACUCGGCCCCUUCAUCACUCGGGGCCAGGUGCACGUUUUCUGUUCUUGUCCCUACUUUUUUUCAAGAUUCGUCAUCAUAGCUAUUGGGUCAUUCCUCUUCUCUUAAUACCAUAUGAUGCUGUCGCUAUUUUAUAUUUUGUGUCAUCCCUGUACAUGUUCAUUACUAGUAGCGUAUACCAGACGAGGCUUUUUCGCCAACCGCUCGUUCUUUACCUUCGUGUGUCGACAGAUCACACGUUUCACUGGCUUUUUAUGGGUGAUUUUCUACUUGUCGCUCCUCUCAGCUUUAUCGAUCCAAUUCAUAUUGUCC